CUCAGUAGUUGCGUUAUCUGUGAGAGGUGUGGCCGUGCUCCUUACUGUCUGUGAGAGGUGUGGCAGUGUUCCUUACUGUCUGUGAGAGGUGUGGUCGUGCUCCUUACUCUCUGUGAGAGGUGUGGUCGUGCUCCUUACUGUCUGUGAGUGGUGUGGCAGUGCUCCUUACUGUCUGUGAGAGGUGUGGCCGUGCUCCUUACUCUCUGUGAGAGGUGUGGCCUUGCUCCUUACUCUUCCUUUAUAACCGAAAACACAACCGGUCCUCUGGGAGCAUGUUGUACUGGGCGGCCGGGGUGGCGCUGGUGGUCCUGGCCAUAAGGAUCAUCUACAGGUACCAAUCAGGCCGAUGUUACUCCCAAAGGCAACUGGUGGGCAAGACGGUUGUUGUCACCGGAGCUUCUGCUGGCAUCGGGAAGGAGGCGGCACGAGACUUGGCCCGACGUGGAGCUCGAGUUAUCCUCGCCUGCAGAGACACUAACAAAGCUCAAAAAGUGGCAGAUGACAUCAUGAGGACUACAGGCAACAGGAAGGUGGCAGUACGAAAGUUAGACACGUCCGACCUGGCCUCUGUCAGGAAGUUUGCCCGAGGCAUCCUUGCCACAGAGACCGCUCUUCAUGUCUUGGUAAAUAACGCAGGAAUUGUUGGUAUGACAGAGAGGAAGCUAACAUCAGAUGGUCUGGAGCUGACAAUGGCCACCAACCAUUUUGGUCACUUCCUUCUUACCAACAUGCUGCUGGGGCUGUUGAAGGAUAGUGCUCCGAGCCGGGUGGUCAAUGUCUCCAGUGUAGGACACAAGUUUGGCAGCUCACUUGACCCAGAUGAUCUAAACUAUGAGAAGAAGCCUUUCCCCAUGUCUAUGGCUGUAUACGGCCAAACCAAACUGGCCAACAUCCUGUUCACAAACGAACUUUCUAACAGGCUACGUGGCACAAGUAAGACCAAGAAACAAU